GCGAAAGAAAGAAAGAGAGAAAAAAAAUGGAAGAGAUGGGGAUUGUGAUAGUGGGAGGUGGCAUUGCAGGCCUCGCGACUUCCCUUGCCCUUCACAGGAAAGGUAUAAAGAGCGUAGUGUUGGAGAGGGCGGAGUCAUUGAGAUCGGACGGAGCAGCUCUCGGCGUUCAGACAAAUGGCUGGAAAGCUCUUGAACAGCUCGGAGUCGCCCAUAUCCUUCGCCUUUCUUCUCUUCCCUUUUAUCAGAUCCGAAGUGUGCUUGUUGAGAAUGGGAAGCGAUAUGAAUCGGCUGCACCUGUCUCGUAUGGGGAAGCGAGGUGUAUUAAAAGAAAUGAUUUGGUCAAGGUAUUGGCUGAUGCUCUUCCCCAAGGAACCAUCCGUUUCGGAUGCCGAGUUGCCUCGGUGAAACUCGAUGAAACGACGUCAUUUCCCAUUAUCCGUGUUCAAGAUGGGACGAAUAUCAAAGCAAAGGUUUUGAUUGGGUGUGACGGGGCGAAUUCAGUGGUGGCCGAGUUUCUACGGCUGAACCGGACAAAAGUGUGCGCAUCACGUGCGGUGAGGGGAUUGACGAGCUAUCCGAAUGGACAUGGGUUCCGACACGAGUUUGUAAGAAUCAAGACGGACGAUGUCUUGUGCGGAAGACUUCCCAUCACCGCCCAUUCCGUCUUCUGGUUCGCCCUUGUUCCAAACUGUUCCGCAGACUCAAAGAAUUUCAAAGAUCAAGAAGCGGUCCAGAAACUGACACUCAGAUCGAUCAAAGAGCUCUCGGAGGAAUGGAAAGAGAUGGUGAAGAAAUGCGAUAAAAGCUCGUUGUACAUGAGCAGCUUGAGAUACCGAACACCAUGGGAGAUACUGUUCGGAAAAUUCCGCACAGGGACAGUGACCGUGGCGGGAGACGCGAUGCAUAUGAUGGGGCCAUUCCUCGGACAAGGAGGCUCGUCCGCACUAGAGGACGCGGUCGUGAUGGCGAGAUGCUUGGCCGAAAAAAUUGAGAAAUGUGGAGACAGUAGAAAAAGGAUAGAGGAAGGGAUUGACGAGUACGUGAGAGAGAGGAGGAUGAGACUCUUUUCGCUUUCUACGCAGACCUAUCUUACGGGUUUGUGUAUCGAAUCGUCAUCUCGAGUCGUGAAGUUGAUGUUUAUGGUAUUUGUUAUGGUUUUGUUCUUCGAUCCGAUUCAUCACACUCGUUAUGACUGUGGUCGACUGUAACCUAUUGGAUCUCAUCAUUGUGUUCGUAAUA